CGUCAGUAGAAACGACUCGUAACCAGGAAGUGGCUGUUUAAGCUAGUGACGGACUAUGAGUGACGAGUCUGCUGUUUGACAGUUUCAGCAGGUAGAAUGGGCAGGCAGAGGAAGAGGGUGGUGACUGGUGAAGCUGUUCCCCUACCCAGGAAAGAUGAGAAGCCCUCUGCUUUCCACCGCAAGGAGAAGAAAAAGAAAGUUGAUAUUGGCAAAGUUUUCAUCAAUAUCUCUAUUGGCCUUUGUAUAUUCAGCCUUAUCUGGUUUUUUUAUGCACUGUACAUGCGAUCCAGCCUGGCAAACCGGGUGGUGACCCUGCACCCUUCACGUCCCAUCCUAGAUGCCAACAGCACCAGUGCCAGUGUUUCUCCAGAAAGGUUCUGGGGCUCAUACAGACCCCAAGUCUACUUUGGCAUGAAAACCAGGAGUCCCAGGUCAAUUGUGACAGGCAUGAUGUGGAUGCGCCAGUUUUCUGAACUAGACGUGAACCUUAGGCACACUUGUGAACAAGGGGAUCACUUACGUGGUUACGGCUGGCUGAUGCACGAUGGCAUCAAUUUUGGCAUACAGGAAAUCCAGGACAAUGACUUCACCCUAACCACAGAGUUUGUCAAGAGGAUGGGUGGAGCUCAUGGAGGAGAUUGGACCUGGAGGGUUACCGCCAAGCAACAUAGCUCCACCCCUCAAGCACCAGUUGUCUCCCUGAUGUUCUAUGCAGCAGCAGAUGGUCAAGGCUCACUGGAGGCUCACGUGGAGGAGAGAAACCGGCUUGCAUCCAUCACUGGUUUCUCAGAAGAGCUUGGCAACUUCAAGAUCACAUUUCGAAAGCCUGUUACUGGAGAAUUAUCUGGUGUUAAGUAUGCCAGUUAUAACCAUCUUCAGACUGUCACUCCGGGCUUGGAGAAGCUUACAGAUAUUGUGAAGUACAGCCUGAACCGCAGGUUUGUCUACAGUCCUCCUUCUGGUGAGAAGAGGCAUUACAUUGCUGUCGACACCUAUAAGCCUCCACAUCCCCAAAACCAACAGAAACCUGCUGACACAAGGAAAGAGAGUGACUUUAUGGUUCACCAGGUGACUGUCCAGACCCCAUUCCAGAUUGAAGUUCUCUUUGAAUCUGGAAGCUUCCACAACCAUCCAAGCCAGCUGGUGGGAUCAGUCAUGACCCAAGAGCUGGAGAAGAGGAAAGCUGAGUUUGAUGCAAAGUUUGAGAAGACGUUUGGCCUUGAGAACAAAGGUUUUAGCCAAGCACACAUCAAGUUUGGCAAGGCAGUACUCAGCAAUAUGCUUGGUGGAAUGGGGUACUUCUAUGGACAGUCACUUGUACAGUCGGUCUAUAAUGAAUACCCACUUCUGUACCCUGAAGGAGCAUUAUUUACUGCAGUGCCAUCACGCUCUUACUUUCCCAGAGGAUUCCUUUGGGAUGAAGGCUUUCAUCAGCUGCUACUGAGCAAGUGGGAUUCUCAGGUGACUAUGGAGGCUAUUGCCCAUUGGAUAGACCUUAUGAAUAUGGAGGGAUGGAUCCCACGUGAGCAGAUUCUUGGUGAUGAGGCUCGUAGCAAAGUUCCAGCUGAGUUUGUAGUUCAACAGAAUGAGAAUGCCAACCCACCCACACUUUUUUUGGCUCUUCAGACGUUUCUUGAACAGCUGUAUUCAGACCCAGACACUGCAGCUUCACAACCAACCUUGCCUUUCCUUCGUAGACUAUUCCCCAGAUUGAAAACCUGGUUUGAAUGGUACAAUACCACACAGUCAGGGCCCCUACCCAACUCUUACCGAUGGCGUGGACGCGAUAAGGACACUAAUCUAUUUCUUAAUCCCAAAACCUUGACAUCUGGGCUGGACGACUACCCCCGAGCAUCACACCCAUCAGCAGAUGAGCGCCAUGUGGACUUGCACUGCUGGAUGGCUUUGUCUUCAGGCAUCAUGGCAAGCAUAGCUCGGCUUCUAGGUGAGCCCCAUCAGGAGUAUGAGCUCUCCCACCAAGUGCUCAGUGACAACAAUCUACUGAAUGAACGCCAUUGGUCAGAGCAGCUCCACGCUUUCAGUGACUUUGGUAACCACACCCAGGCUGUGUCCUUACAGCAGGAGAAAGUCUAUGUACCCCCCGGGCAGCCUCGUCAUCAGUUUCCUGUGGCGCGCCUCGUGCGUGCUGUCCGUCGGGCUCCUAAGUUACAGUAUGUCAAUGCUUUAGGUUAUGUAAGCUUGUUCCCCUUCUUGCUGCACAUCCUCACACCUGAUUCACCCCAACUAGAACACAUCUUUCGGGACAUCAGAGACUCGAAUAAGUUGUGGUCACCCUACGGCCUGCGAUCACUCUCCAAGUCUGAUCCCAUGUAUAUGAAGAGAAACACGGAACACGAUGCCCCCUACUGGAGGGGAUCAGUAUGGAUUAAUAUCAAUUUCUUGGCAGUCCGAGCACUCCACCAUUACAGCAAAACAGAAGGGCCCUACCAAGAAAAGGCAGCUAUUCUUUAUGAUGAACUCAGGACUAACAUUAUCAACAAUGUUUACAGACAGUAUGUAGAGACGGGAUAUGUCUGGGAGCAUUACAAUGAUAGUACAGGGAAGGGCCAAGGCAGCCACCCCUUCACAGGCUGGUCAUCUCUGACACUAUUAAUCAUGGCAGAACAGUAUUGAUACUGUAGAUUUCAUGUCAUCUUUUGUUAGACGCUGGCCUUCAUUUGUCAUAACUUGAUUUGAAGAAUAACAUUACACUGCUAAGAUGCUACAGUGUGUAUUGUUAAUGAAGCAGUUUGUUUUCCUUCAAAAA